GCCGCGAGGACGCUUCGACUGCUCGAAGACCACCACAAGCAACUCGCUGCCAUCAUCCGGUUCCAACAUGAGAAUCCUCCGUCCGCUGCAGAAGCAGAGCGGAAGCUCUCGGGCGGCGCAGACGAGUUGGCCCCCAACCCAACAGCCAGUCCUGUUGCGCAUAGGGGCUCUGGGUUGACUGCUGGGUCGCAGUACCAACAGCAGCACCACAGCAGACAGCAACAUCACCAUCACCAUCAACAACAACAACAACAAUAUGUACAGCAUCCACCGCGCUUGCUUUCACAGACCAGCUCCGGGUCUCGCAAUUCGUCCAUUGCCGGAAACCUAGCGUCUGCAAGGGGCAUACCCUCCCAGAGACAGCAUGCCAACCCCGUUUCGCCUACAGUGUCGGCUCAGAAUGCCCGAGCGAGGAUGGCAGGUUCCCCAGUCCAGGCGAGACAGAGAGACGGCAGACGGGCUGACCAGCUGUCAACUGACCCUCAGGCCUCGCCGCAGAAUCGUUCUCGGGAAGGGAAUCGCUCCUGGGGCCAGCCGAUCAGCCCGACUCGCGUCACGGCCCAGGAGUACGUCUCCCCUUACAUCAAAGACACCGCCAUAGCCGGUCUCAAGUCAAUCACCGGAGAUGAACCAUUCAAACGCUUCUAUUCGACCUUUGAAGGCGUCAUAUCGAAGCUUUCUGCUCCCCUUGCCUUUGCUAGCUUACCCCUGGGAGUCGACGGCGCCUCUCAGCCUCGACUUCUCUCGGGACAAAAGGCUCCAGCUGCAGACACAAAGACUGACACCGACGCCGCCGUAGCGGACUUUACCAGCUUCUCAGACAAGGACCCAGAUGUGUCUAAGCUUAUAUCCAGUGCCGCAUUGAGGGCCAUCAAGGACAAAGACGGCCACUUUGGCUCGCAUAACCCGGCUGAAUCAUUCUACGUAGUGCCCACAACAGGUGGAAUGAUAUCCUAUGCCGGCAUACUUUCUCGGGAAGAAAAGGAGGCUGUGAAAGACAGCCUGGAGUCCGUCGAAGAUGACUUUGUCGAUGCUAGUGAAAACCCCCCUUCCCCUGAAGACUUCGUACAAAAGGCCGCCAGCAAGCUGGAUCGAAGCACCACUCUACCGCCACGCAAGAACAAAGGCGAUCACUCGAGAUCCCUGAAAACCGUAGAGGAGCUUCAUAUGGAGAACGAGGCUCUGAGACAUCUGUCUGACACACUGGCGAAACGCCUACAUAUGUGGGAAGUGAAUGCCCAGUCGUCGUCACUCGCUCUUCAACAGUCCAUACGUGCCAUGCACAACCAGCAUGCCAUCUUACCGUCUCUCCAGACAUCCCCCGCAGCUUCUACUACCGGUGAACCCAUGUCGUCAGCAGUACCCGGUGCUGCCUCAGACAUGCGCAUCAGGGAACUACAAGAGCUGAUCAAGAACAACGAACGGGAACUGGAAAAAGUCAGCCGUGAGAACGAAAAGCUUAGAGCCGUAGUCGAGAGGUAUAGAGAGCGAUGGGAGAAGCUGAAAGAGGGUGCUCGGGUUAGACGUGAGGGUGCUGGCAAUGGGAAUGGGAAUGGAAGACCUUCCAAGGACGACUCCAAGGAGAGAGCCGAGGAAGAAGAUACUAAUAAUAACAAUAAGCAAGGGGAUUGA